CUCAAUACUCUACAAGGGAAAAGAGAAAUGUGAAUAUGGUAGGUUCCUCAGUUCUUAAUGAUUCAUAUGUGGACUUGCUAGCUGCCAAGAUUGGGAGAAUGUUGGCUCCACAAAUAUCUCAAGUGAGCAAUGUAAGUACUUCUCAAGCACUUGUCCCUUAUUCUUGUACUUUUUGUGACUCACCUAUGCAUGUAGAAAGCAAUUGUCCUAUUAAGUUUGAACAAGUAAAUGCUAUCUACAAUGGAAAACAAUCCCAUGGUGGGAGGCAAGGGCAAGGAGCUUAUUCUAAUACUUACAACCCUUCAUGGAGAGACCAUCCUAAUUUCUCCUAUUCAAAUCCAAAUGUGGCUUUACAAGACAAUCAACAAAGAGGAUCCUAUCAAAACACCUUUGGCCGUGACCCUCCACCUCAUUUGUCUCAAGGUAGCUCUUCUCAAAGCUACAAUCCAAGUGGUAAUUCUCUUACACCUUCUUCUAAUUCUUAUAGUGAUAGGAGGCUUGUUCCAAUUGAGAGUUCUUCUAAUUCGAACUCUCCUAAUGAUGUGAAUGUGUUACGUAAGCAGUUGAUUGAAAUGAACUCUUUGUAUAAAAACAUGUAUGAUGGCUUAGGGAACAAGGUAGAGAGUAUGGGUAACAAGUGUGAGAACAUGAACUCUAAAAUUGAUGCCCUUACUUCUCAAAUGAAUAUGCUUGCUAACCAAUUAAGUGCAGCUAAUGCUCAAGCCUCUACAUUACCAUCCAACACCGUUGCUAAUCCUAAAGCUAAUCUUAAUGCUAUCACAUUGAGGAGUGGCAAGGAGUUGGGAGAAAGAGUACAAGAAGACAAAAGACAAGGGAAGGCCGAGAAGCCCUCUUUAAAUUCUUCAAUUGAUGUUAAUGUUUCUAGUUUUUCUUUUGCUCCUAAUGAUGCAUCUUUUUGUAGAGAUGAUGAGGAUGAAAACAUUGAGGAGAUCAUAUGUGAGCAACCACCAUCUAAGGUGAAAAAGGGGACUAUGGCCGAGUUGUUUAGUAAGGAAAAAGAGGGAGAGGCCGAGCAAAGUGAAACAAGAAAGGAGAGUUCAAGGAAGGAAGAAGGAAAGCAAAGUCAAGAGAUUAUGAAGAAGCUUCCUUUUCCACAAGCACAAGUGGUCCCUAAGCAAGUAAAGGGACAAUUUGAUCAAGAGGUGGCAUGUGACUUGUGCAUCAAUUGGGCAAUUGAGGUCAACACUCCUUGAGGACAAUGGCUGAUGGUUUGCACGUGAAUUAUGAUUAUUUUGAGGGAUUAGAUCAGCUAAAAUGAUGUGGAUGACACAUGGGAAAUUAGGCACACAUUGGAAUCAUCUACAAACCAAUAGGAAGUUGCCACCUUGCAAGUGUGACAAGGCUCCCAUUUACAUUUUAAUUUCUUUUUCCUUAUUUUAAUUAAGCUUCAGCUGAUGGGAGACACCAAGGAGCACGCCAUUUUAAGUCUCAAAUGGGACCCAACACAUAUCUCAUUCAUCUUCCACAUUCUCUCUCUCUUGUUCAUAGUGUUCUUCAUUUUCUCUCUUUUGUUCUUCAUUUUCCAGCACCCUAACCUCCAUUUUUAGCCACCAAACCUCCACAAAACUCAUACCAUUCUUCUCCUUUCUUCAUUUUUGUUCCAUCCCUUCCAUUUUCACAAGGAUUGAAGCUCAUUUUCAUCAUUCAAGAGCUAUGGAGUUUGGCCUUCACAAGCAAUCACUAGGGUUCUUGAAGAUGAAGAUUGGCUAAGUUUCUUUGUGGAAUCCUAGAGAGAUGAAGAUGGAGGAUGAGUCUUGAGCUUCAAAUUGGCUAAGUUCUUUUAUUUCCUAUCCUCUUCUCUUUUUACUAGAUGGUUAGAUUCCUUAAUCUAGGGUUUAAUCAUCUUAGCUUAUAAAUUCUAAUUUGAAUUUGAUGUUGAUGUAAAGAGAGAGGAUUGUUUCAU